UGUAAUCUCCACUUGCAGCAAAAGUCCAUGACCACCUAAGAAAAUAACGGAUUGCGAAAAAAAGUAUGACGGGAGUAACCGCCAACUCAUCUUCAGCAAUCUCAACACCAGCAAACUUAUUUGCAGACAAGUUGCUUUUCAUGACGCUGUGUAUACUCCGUACGACCAUGAUAAGUUAGUUGGAUCUAUUUCCUCUUCUCUUUUCACACCCAAAGUGCCCAACUGGUGGCGCAAUCAUCCUAAGACUCGGCGACUCUGCCCAACUUCCCAAGUAGCCGACACGCAUGUGGAUCCGAUCGAAUCGAGCAUCCAUCCCGCUGGCGAACAGGUUCCCAACACCAAAAAAAACGAAGCUCUAGGCUACUCCAGGUGGCGCCGAUACGGAUCGCGAAGCUCCCCUUGUCGUCCCAGACCGCUCGAAUAGUCGAUUAAGAAAGCCCCCUCCCUCUUAACCCCCUCACAUAUCCCGUCGCCAUGGACCAGGCCGACAUACCGGCGCUCCUCUCGCGCCUGGCCAGCGACGAGGAUGCCGCCCGCAAGAUGGCCGUCUUCAAGCUGCAGUCAUCCAUUAACGACCCCGCAUUCGCCGAUGUCUUCAUAUCUUCCGGUGGCCUCGUGAUCCUGCGCCGGCUCAUCAUGACCACUGGUGGCAACACCCUCGCCUACUCGCUACAAAGCUUGACGAGGCUUCUCGAGGUCGACAUGGGCUGGGACAUAUUCGAGGGCCCUUCGGCCGGCGAUCUCGUUGAGCGCGUGGUCGAGCUCAUCGUUACCAACCCGCUCGUCAACAUCCUCCGAGGCGCCAUGAGCAUCCUGGUCGCCCUCGUCGGCCACAGCCAGUCAACCGCCCGCGGAGCCGCCGCUCGAUCCCCAGGUACCUUUGGCUUCCGCGCCCUCAAGCCCGCCGUCGCCGUCUACCCGCAGUUCUUUGAGCUGGUCAUCCAGCAGCUUCAGUCGGCCGAUCACGCCCUUUGUGCCAACGCCCUUGCGCUCAUAAACGCCCUGAUACGCGACGCUGUGUCCAACGACUCGGGCUCGACCAAGUCGCCUUCAUCCACCACCACCGGAGGUGAGGAGUGGUCCAAGCUGAUCAAGCGCCUGCAGGACCUCGGCUUGAUCAAGGCCGUCUUCAACCUCAUGCAGAGCUCUGCCCUGCAGGACCUGGCACAUCCGCUGCUCGAGUUUCAGUCCCUUACGAAGGCGCUGCUCCACCGGUGGAAGGAGGUCCGUGUCGACCUGGAAAGACCCGAACACCGCAGGGCCCUCAAGGGUCUGCACCUGGCGAGCGCCCCCGAUCGGCAGCACGCCACCGCCACAGGCAGCGGUCCCGAUACUAGCGGUUCGGACGCUCCACCGGCAGUCCCCGAAAAGACGAGCAGGAGGCACAACCCCGAAAAGUGGCGACGCCUUGGCUUCGAGACGGAGAGUCCCGCCAUCGAAUUCGAGUCGACGGGAUUUUUAGGCAUGAUGGACUUGACAGACUAUGUGCGCAAGAAUGAGGAGGGCUUCCAGAAAUUACUCUUGGAACAGGCGACCCGACCCCUGGAGGAGCGUUGUCCCAUCGCACGCGCCAGCUUUGCCGUCAGCAUGGUUCUUUACGAGCACUUUGAGGUCGACAAGGCGGAUACUGAGGAUUUGAGGGCGUACCAGACGCUAGAGCCCGGGAGCAAGAGCCACGAUAGGCUCUUCAGACCAUUGCUGCUGCAGUGGUCUCGACUACACACUGCCGGAUUGCAUGCAUUCUUCCGCCUGUGGAAGGCCACUGGCGCAAAGCGUGACGACUUUGACAAAGUGGCCGAGUUGGUGCGGAUCUUGAUUGAGCAGGUGGUAGGCCAGGCGCCGCGAACCAAGGACGUGCUAGAGGUUGAAGAUGAGCUGCAGGAAUUCAGCUGUGCCCGGCUACGAGAGCUUCAGAUGAACCUGCUUGAACUCUCGUUUGAGGACCAGUGGGGCCAGCACAUGUACCAGGUACGGGAGGAUUUGAAGCACGAGGCGCUACAGUUCGUCAAGGAGCAGCGGAUCCGGUGUCUGCUCCACGGUUCAUGGUUCACCCGCCCAAUCCCCAAGCGCGACCAGCCGCAGCCGCAGCACACUCGGCAGGACAGCAACAUGACGAAGCGCCGGCUGUACGAGGCCAAAGCGUGGAGGUUCGCCAAGCUCUCACACAACAGGCGUUUCCUCCACUACGCCGACUUUGCCAUGCAAACGCCUCAGGACCCAGGCCUGGAAGACCUGACGGAGAAGGUGGACCUGGGCACCAUCAGCUCCGUGGUGUCCAACGUCUCGGCGCCGAGCGAGGACGCGCGCAGCGUUUCGAGCUCCUCCACGCUUCGCCACGGGCCCAAUGCCCCCAACACCACCAACAGCAACAUCACGCCACCCAAAGCGACCACCAAGAUCACAAUCUACAGCUACGUCAAUGCGGAGGAGGCGGCGCGUGGCGGCGACGCCAAGGAGCAGGCGAUCGUGACGCUGUACCCGCUCAACCACUCGCUGGCGUCCGAGUGGCUCGACGGGCUGCUGAUGCUGCUCAACCAGCAGCCCAUCACGUCCGAGACAAACAAGCUCGUCACCCUCGUCAGCGACUACGGGCUCAAGAUCAGGCUGCUAAACGUCAGAGUCGAGGCGGUCUACCAGGGCCCCGCUCCGGGGGCGGGUGAGGUACCGAGCCGCGAGGGGCUGGAUGAGAAUUACUACUACGAGGUCUGAUGACGAGGUGCUGCUGUUUUCUUUUCGCUGUGAAAUGUGAUAAUAUAUGUGAGCAAGACUGCGGCGACUUUUUUUCUCCUCUAUUUGUUCUGCCCCUUUCACUUUGAUAGGAUCCAUCUUUUCUGGGAUUGUCUAUUCUUUCUUGUUAAUGCUGUUUCUUUCUCUUCUGUAUUUUCUGUGGAUACCUUGGCCUCUCUUGGCUUUUUGCUUAUAUACCCCCUGUUUCUAUCGCAGUAUAGAAUUCUACACCGACUGUCGAUACGAUAAUAGAUCAAGCCUCGUUUUGAAGCUGACUACUGCUCUUGACGCCAAAAUUGUGUGGAACUUACAACAAGGUCAGCAUGG